AUGGCUUCACCAGCACAGGGACAGGGCGGUACUACUUCUUCUUCUUCCACACAAACCCAAACUCUUCCGUUUCCUCUUCCACUGCAAGACAGGGUGGCUAUAGUGACUGGCUCCUCACGUGGAAUCGGUCGUCAAAUCGCCCUUCACCUCUCUUCACUCGGAGCCCGACUCGUACUCAACUACUCCUCUUCCAACUCCUACCCAGCCGACUCACUCGCCGCCCAAAUCAACGCUACCUCCGCCUCCUCUGCGCUCCCGCAAGCCAUCGUAGUCCGCGCUGACAUCUCCGACCCCACUCAGGUCCGGCACCUCUUCGACUCCGCCGAGAACGCCUUCAACUCGCCGGUUCACAUCCUCGUCAACUCCGCCGGAACCCUAGAUCCCAAGCAGCCUUCCAUCGCCGACACCUCCGACGAGAGCUUCGACCAUGUCUUCGCCGUGAACGCCAGGGGCGCCUUCCUGUGCGCGCGGGAGGCGGCGAACCGGCUGAAGCGCGGCGGCGGGGGGCGGAUCAUACUGUUGUCUUCGUCGCAGGUGGCGGCACUAAGGCCGGGGUUCGGCGCGUACACGGCGUCAAAGGCGGCAGUGGAGGCGAUGACGAAGAUCCUGGCGAAGGAGCUGAAGGGGACGGGGAUCACCGCGAAUUGCGUGGCGCCGGGGCCGAUCGCGACGGAGUUGUUCUUCAGUAGCAGGACGGAGGAGCAGGUUCAGAAGCUGAUUGAGGAGUCGCCGAUGCAGAGACUUGGGGAGACCAAGGAUGUGGCUCCUCUGGUUGGGUUUCUGGCCUCUGAUGCUGGCGAAUGGGUCAACGGUCAAGUUAUUCGAGUCAACGGCGGUUACGUGUAAAGCGGUUAUGGCUUUGGUCCUUAUGCCUUUCACCAAGUGGACUGAGGAAUGAAUGAAGAAGUAAAAGUAGAAAUGAGACGAUCUGAUAAAAGCUGAAACUUAUAAGAACCAGCUAUAUAUUGAAGGAGAAAAAGAAAAGAAAAGAAUAAUGAAGUGUGUUUUGCUUUGCUUAGUGAAGAUGGAGAAAAAUGGAAGGUAGAAAGAAAAAGAAAGUGUGUGUAGUUGAUAUCAUGGCCAUGUUCUUCACCCCGUGAAGCUGGGGUUUGGUUUCUUGAAAUUGAAAGUGAUGGCUUCUGAGUUUUAGAAUUUAC